AUGUCAGAAGAAACGGCACCAGAGAUGACUACUGAGACUAAAACAGAGGAAACUGGACUUCCCGAACCCGCAAAGAAACCACAAAUGAGGGCUAUCACCCUUACGGGAUUCGGUGGACUGAAGAUGCUGAAGACUGUACAGAAGGAUGUGGCAAGUGUGAAGGAAGGCGAGAUUCUGAUCCGAGUGAAAGCCUGUGGACUUAACUUCCUGGACUUAAUGGCAAGACAGGGCGUUAUCGACAGCCCUCCGAAAACUCCGUCGACUGUUGGGUUCGAGUGUUCUGGUGAGGUGGAAGCUAUCGGUCCCAAUACCAGUGGGUUCGAAAUUGGUGACCGCGUGAUCGGGUUCUGUGACUAUGACGCUUGGGCGGAGUUUGUCGCCAUUUCCGCUCACUAUGUCUACAAAAUGCCAGAAAGAAUGAGUUUCCAAGACGGCGCUGCACUAGCCAUGAAUUACCUGGCUGCUUACAUGAUGCUGUUUGAUAUCGGAAACUUGAGACCUGGAAACUCUGUCUUCUGUCACUCUGUCGGAGGGGGCGUGGGACAAGCAAUCUCCCAGUUGUGUCGGACGAUUAAUGAUGUCACACUGUUUGGGACAGCAUCAUAUUACAAACUGGAGUCAGUCAAGGACAAUGUCACUCACCUGUUUGACAGGGUAGUGGACUACUCUCAGGAGGUUCGAAAACUUUCACCAGAGGGUGUUGACAUAGUCCUUGACUGUCUCUGUGGGGAUGACACCAAUAAGGGUAUCUCUCUUCUGAAACCUAUGGGCAAAUAUGUUUUAUAUGGAUCCUCGAAUGUGGUGACAGGAGAAACAAAAAGCUUCUUUAGUUUUGCCAAAUCUUGGUGGCAGGUUGAUAAGAUAAGUCCUAUCAAAUUGUACGAUGAGAACAAGAGCAUUGCUGGCUUCCAAUUGAGGCAGCUUGUCUUCAGACAAGGUCAACACGAGUAUGCCCGUAAGGUGAUGAACCACCUCAUACAGCUGUACUCGGAGGGCAAGAUCCGACCAAGGAUUGACUCGGCCUGGGCAUUUGAGGAUGUUGGUGAUGCCAUGCAGAAAAUUCAUGAUAGGAAAAACAUUGGAAAAAUUAUUCUUGAUCCAAGUUUGGAACCAAAAGUCAAGCCAGUAGCCCAAGGUCAAGCUCGGACCCACACGGACAGUACAUGUAGUGAUGAAAAGGAACCAGUGGUCAAUGGGGAAUAG